AUGGUCCUCGCAAAACCCGAAAACACAAACGUCCGCAAUCAAUUCGACCUCACCGGGAAGGUGGCAGCCGUGACAGGCGGCACCAGAGGAAUAGGGAUUGAAGCUGCCCGCGGCCUCGCCGAAGCCGGAGCAUCCGUUGCAAUAAUCUACACCUCUUCUAAAGAUGCCGAGAGUAUUGCAUCCCAGAUGUCACAAGAGACCGGCGUCAAAAUAGUUGCCUACCAGUCCGACGUGCGCGACCCCGCAUCAAUCGCUGCUACCAUCAACAAGAUCGCAGCGGACUUCGGGCGUAUCGACAUUAUGGUUGCAAAUGCUGGCAUCACAACGCAUGUUGCAGCGAUUGACCAGACGCCAGAGUCCUUCUCGGAGGUCAUGAAGGUCAACCUUGACGGUGCUUUCUAUACGGCACAGGCGGCAGCAAAGAUAUUUCAGAAGCAGGGCAGUGGGAAUGUCAUAUUUACGGCGUCAGUCAGUGCGCUACUAGUCAAUAUUCCGCAAAAACAGGCAGCGUAUAACGCGAGUAAAGCGGGUUUGGUGCAGAUGGCAAAAUGCCUUGCAGUCGAGUGGGUUGAUUUUGCAAGAGUCAACUGUGUUUCUCCUGGUUUCAUCGCAACCGAUAUGAUUGCGGAACUUCCCGAGGACUGGAAGAAGUUGUGGCAUACCAUGGUUCCGGCGCAAAGAUUUUGUGAUCCCUAUGAGUUGAAAGGGGUGUACGUAUUCCUUGCUAGUGAUGCCUCGAGUUAUAUGACGGGCGCAAACCUGGUUGUGGACGGUGCAUACACCCUACCGUAA